AUGGCACCUCUCAAAGUGAUCGGUGCAGGAUAUGGACGUACAGGCACAUCUAGCCUUCGAUUGGCAUUGAAUAUGCUUGGAUACAAAACGCAUCAUAUGAUCACCACUUUUGGUAGUGAUGAAGAUCAUCCCGAGCAAUUCCUUAAGGCUUUUAAGCAUCCCGAAAAACCUGUCAACUGGGAUUUACUCUACGAAGGUUUCGAUGCGGCAGUGGAUUGGCCCACGGUGGUGUUCCUUGAUCGCCUGCUUGUGAAAUACCCUGAUGCCAAGUUUGUGUUGACCAUUCGAGACUCAGAGAGCUGGUACAAUUCUGUCAAGAAUACAAUUUACAAGGUACAAUGCAAAUUUCGUAAUAGCCCUGGGGAGCUUUCAAAAGGGAUGGUAAAACACCUUGAAAUGAUCCGCACGGUUGUCUUGGAUGGUGCAUUUAAUGAUCUGGAACGCUUUCUUCAUGACAAGGAAAGAAUCAAAUCUCUGUAUGUUGCUCACAAUGAAUGGGUCAAACAACACAUACCUGCUGACCGCUUAUUGAUCAUGGAAAUUGGCGAGGGUUGGGAUCGAUUGUGCGCGUUUUUGGACAAGCCUGUGCCAAGUGAACCGUUUCCUCGCGUAAACAGCACCGAGGAGUUUCAGCCUUUGCUUCAGGGGAAUUUCUUUGAGAACAUCAAAGGAUUAUUCGAUCAGCAAUUUGCCACUGCAUCUGAAGCCCAAGACCAAAAGCCAUAUGCACUAGCAAAAGCCAAUAAGAACAGUGUAGUAGCCUGA